UAAGAUUUUUAAAAUCCUAAACAUGAGACCAUUAACAGAGGAGGAGACGAAAAUAAUGUUUGAGAAGCUGUCAAAGUACAUCGGAGAAAACAUAAAACUUCUCGUGGACCGGCCUGACGGUACCUACUGCUUCAGGCUACACCAGGACCGUGUUUACUAUAUGAGUGAUAAAAUCCUGAAGUUGGCUACAAACUUCUCCAGGGAUAAGCUCAUUUCUGUAGGUACUUGCUUUGGGAAAUUUACAAAAACCAAAAAGUUCCGCCUGCACAUCACAGCACUGGAUUUCUUGGCGCCCUAUGCAAAGUUCAAGGUGUGGGUGAAACCUGGAGCAGAGCAGUCUUUCCUGUAUGGAAACCACGUGCUAAAAUCUGGCCUUGGCAGAAUUACUGAAAAUACUAUGCAGUAUCAAGGAAUUGUGGUUUACUCCAUGGCUGAUGUACCUUUGGGGUUUGGAGUGGCAGCCAAGUCAACCCAGGAGUGUCGGCGUGUGGAUCCCAUGUCCAUUGUGGUGUUCCACCAGGCUGAUGUAGGAGAGUUCAUAAGGAAUGAGGACACACUGACAUAAAGACACUCUAUGGACAGUUUUUUUUUUCCUCUCACAAAUUCACCAAUUUUUUUGGCAGCGGUUUUGUCAGAUU